GCCGUGCGACCACUUCCGGUGAAGCUCUCAAAGUGUUAGCAUAUCGUUUCGCACUAGUGCGAUAAAAUUUUGUGUAUUUCUGUUCGCGGAAGAAAAAUUUUUUCUCGUCCUAGAGUGGAUCCGUGUGGCGACGCCGCGAAACAUCAUCGGGAGUCAAUGUAAAAGAAUUUACAAUCGAAAAAUAUAAAAUAAUCGAAAAUAAUAAUACAACCAAACAUAACCUACAACAAAAUAAAUGAACAACACGUGCAAAAAACACAAUCGAAUUAAAACACAAAAUUAAAUUAUAAACAAACAAUACAAAGGCAAGAUGGGCCAUUACUGGCCUUAGCCUGUCACGUUAGUGACACAGCAAAUAAAAAAAAAAAAAAAAAAAAGCCGUGCGAACUAGAAAUGUCAAAAACAAACAACGUGCAGGCCUUUCUCGCAGCGUUUCUUAUAAAAUUAUUCCCAAUCACAUCGUAAAUUGAAUAAAACCAUAUAGAUCUCGGUUCGUCGCUAGAUUCUAGAGACAAUGGCCGGAUUAGAACUGAUUGUUGGUACGUACGAGGAGUACACGGUCGGGUACAAAGUGGAACCUUUCAGUACGGAUCCCUCACGGCAGUACUUGAAGGAAACGUUCUCCACUCACAAUCACACGGCAUCGGUGAGGGUGCUGGCCAGCCACAACAAAUACCUAGCAUCCGGUGGAGCAGAUGAUCGCAUCUGUGUGUUCGAUUUGGAGAACGGCACCUUGAUGGACGAAUUACUUCACCAUCAGGGAACAAUCAACUGUUUGACUUUCUCGGUUGAUGGAAGCUAUCUUUUCAGCGGUAGUUUCGAUGGUACUAUUUCUGCUAUCAACAUGAAAAGAUUAGUCGUGGAUAAAGUAUGGAAGAAUGCUCAUAAAAGUGCGGUGCUGUGUAUCACAAUUCAUCCGCAUGGUAAAGUGGCGCUGUCACUAGGAGCAGACAUGAUGCUGCGGACCUGGGAUAUGGUGUCUGGACGGACCAUAUACACACGGGGAUUACGUAGUGAUCCUAAAUACGGUGGAAACUUGUCGUUAGUCGAGUGGAGUCCAGACGGGAAGAAUUUCGUUCUGGUCGGCAAUCGGGUGGUGGAUGUUGUUUCGUUGGAAUCCACGAAAUCAAUCCGGACGGUUGAGUGUAGCACCCGACCGGUUUCGCUCUGUUGGAUUUCCGAGUCGGAAAUCGCAGUUGGAUUGGACGAUGGCCAUUUGCUGAUGUUUAACAUAUAUAACGAAGAGGAACCAGAUCAGUUUCGUGCGUACGAAUCCCGAUUGAAGGCAAUUGCGUGUGUGGGAGGUAACUAUUUGGCGGCUGCUUCCAGUGCCGGGGAUAUCAGUCUAUGGAAAAUUGAUGGCAACGAUUUUCUCGAACUGUGCACUACAAACAUUGGUUGCAGACCGACUUGUAUGCUGUUGGUGGAAGCCGAUAAACUCGGUUUGCACCGGUACUUGAACAAGCAGACGGACAGUAAGGAUGAGUUACGAAAACAGUUGAAAAAGUUUCAAACGGUCGGUAAAGUAACGGUGGAGCAUGAGAAUCCGACCGAAAAUGCAAGCUUUACGACAGAAAAUAAGCAAAAGAAACGAGUUGUGACGAAUGAGACGACGUGCUUCACUAGCACUCCUGUUGUGAAGAAUAAGAAAAUGGUGAAGAAACCGGUUGUCAAGUCAGCGUCAGUAUCAAAGACUACUUCGAUGAAGAACACGAAGAGAAAAGCAGCGAAUCAUAGUUGUUCAGGUAUGAGUUGGCUGGAGGAGGACGUUGUAGCGGGUGAAGUAGCAGCAGAGAAAGUCUCCAAGUCUAAGAAAUCGGCAGACCUACUGAACAAAACGGAUGGUGGGAAAAAUGUUACGAAGAAGAGUAACAAUUGGAAAUCGGUUUCAUUCUAGGCUACCAAAAUAUGUAGACCUUGUUAUUACACGAUGAACGUACAAGAAGAUUGACAUGUUUAAUGAAGUGAAGCGAUUCAUAAGUUGUUUGAAAGCCAAGUUGAAGUUGAUUUUCAAUAAACCUUUUUUGUUUCAUCAUA